AAGGGUUUUAGUUAGGCAGCAUUAUUCAAAGGAAUAAAGAAAUUGAGCAAUUAUAACGAUUUUUCUCUUACGUUUUAUCACGUUUCAUUUAUGCGGUAUCAAAAAGAAAAUAUUGCAAUAUUUGAUAAGAAACAUUAAUUGCCAGCGAGGCGCGUUUCAAGCCAAUCUUUGCACACCAUAAAUUUCAUAUCACCGCCGCAUAAAGAAAUAAUCGGCUCGGACACAGCAGUAGUAGAAAAUUCAUCGUGUCGCUGCAGUCGUGGUGUUUUGUUAUUGGAGCAAAUAAAAAAAUACAAAAAUAAACUACUUAUUCGGAUCAGUUUUCGGUAGGCUGACGCACUGGGAAAAAAAUGCAGGUGCUGCUGGUGAACGAGUCGCCAUCGCACAAGUGCAGGGAAGAGUGCGACUAAUUGUUUUCGUCACAAAACGCCAUAUACUAUAAAAGCGGAAUUGAAAAAUUAGGUCGUCGUUUCGGACAAGUGUAAGCAGCAUUUGUUGCCGCGUUUGGAAUCAAAAUUAUUUGUGGCUUGUUUUAAAGUUAAAGCAAGCGGACCACGGGCCCAAAAGAGAAGUCAACAAAAGCGACUUUGAGAGAGCAGACGUCGCGACGCACACGAAAUAAUUAUAACAACACGUUCAAAGUGAAGGUCAACGUCACAACGGCGACGACGAAGGCAACGGCAACGGCAUCAGCGGCAACUCUGGCUGCCGAAACCCAAAUUGAACGCCUUCCCUUGAGCUAACCUGGGCAACUAUUCCACCACAUCCACUGCAGCACAAUGUCUCCCCCAGGCAUAUCCAUAUCCAUAUUCUCCUCCGCCCAGCGGCUGGUGUUCACAUUCCUAAUGGCCCUACUUAUCCUGGUAGCUAGUGUAAUCAGCAGUGACACCGCCAUGCCCACACAAAAUAUGUCCCACAAGGAGAGAACGGAACUAAGGGAAGAGGCCCGCGACAUGUUCUAUCAUGCAUAUCGUGCUUAUAUGGAAAAUGCCUAUCCAGCCGACGAGCUGAUGCCUCUCUCCUGCAAAGGGCGCUAUCGCGGCGUGACACCUUCACGGGGCGACAUGGAUGAUAUACUGGGAAACUUCUCCAUGACCCUGGUGGAUACUCUGGAUACCCUGGUGCUGCUCGGUGACUUCACGGAAUUCGAGCAUGCCGUCAAAUUGGUCAUCCGUGAUGUCCAGUUCGACAGCGACAUCAUUGUCUCGGUGUUCGAGACAAACAUUCGGAUGGUGGGAGGCCUUCUCUCGGCUCAUAUUCUCUCCGAAUAUCUGCAAAAGCAGGUGGAUGUGAUGCACUGGUACAAGGGAGAGCUGCUGGAGAUGGCCCGGGAGUUGGGGUAUCGUCUGCUGCCGGCAUUCAAUACAUCGACGGGGAUACCGCAUGCCAGGGUAAAUCUGCGCCUGGGCAUGAAGGAUCCCAUGCUAAAGAAGUCGCGGGAAACAUGCACGGCCUGUGCAGGCACGAUUCUGCUGGAGUUUGCUGCCUUGUCGCGACUCACGGGUGAUCCCAUAUUCGAGGUGCGUGCCCAUGCCGCAAUGGAUGCACUGUGGAAGCUGCGCCACCGCGGUUCAGAUCUGAUGGGUACCGUCCUAAAUGUCCACUCCGGCGAUUGGGUGCGCCGCGACUCGGGCGUGGGUGCCGGCAUCGAUAGCUACUACGAGUAUUUGUUCAAAUCGUACGUCCUGCUGGGCGACGACAAGUAUCUGGCGCGUUUCAACCGCCACUACAAUGCCGUAAUGAAGUACGUAAGCGAGGGACCCAUGCUCCUGGACGUGUUAAUGCACAGGCCGCACGCCAAGUCCAGAAACUUCAUGGACUCGCUGCUGGCCUUCUGGCCGGGGCUGCAGGUACUGUCCGGUGAUCUUAAGCCAGCGGUACAGACCCACGAGAUGCUCUACCAGGUUAUGCAGAUGCACACUCUCAUCCCGGAGGCAUUUACCGUGGACUUUCAGAUCCAUUGGGGCCAACAUCAUCUCCGACCCGAGUUCAUCGAGUCUACGUACUUUUUGUACCGUGCUACGGGCGAUCACCACUACCUGCAGGUGGGCAAGCGGGCUCUGAAGACCCUCCAGCAGUAUGCCAAGGUCUCCUGCGGCUAUGCGGCUGUGAACGAUGUGCGAACGGGCAAGCACGAAGAUCGCAUGGACUCGUUCGUCCUCUCCGAGACAUUUAAGUAUUUGUUUCUGCUGUUCUCCGAACCGCAGGAUCUGAUCAUCAAUGUGGAUGAGUUUGUCUUCACCACGGAAGCGCAUCUGCUGCCACUGUCGAUUGCACAACUAGGGAAUGCCACGUUUAGCUUUCGGCAAUCGGACGAGCACAAUGUACUCGACUUUAUGCGCACCUGCCCCAGUUCCAAUAAGCUUUUUCCUGAGAAAGUACGCAAACCAUUGCGCAACUUCAUUACGGGCUCGUGCCCGCGCACCAUCAGUGGCAAGCGACUCAGCGCCCUGGAUUUUCAGGCAAGCAAUGCGGAUCAUUUGCGAGCUGUUUACGACAUGGGCAUCACCAUGGUUUCGGUAGGGGACCGCAGCCAAGGCAAGGUGCGACUGUUUCAUAGUUUCUAUAAUGCCAAGAGUCACGAAGAGGGCGAAAUGGGACUGCAAUUUAUGCAGGAGAUGCUGGAGCUAACUAAGAUUCAGAGCAUGAAUCAGUUAGCGCAACUGCAGGCAGUGGCCUAUGCCACUGAUGAGAAGCUACAGGACUGGACUGCCCUUAUGGCCGGACCUUCACACUUCAGUCCAGAGCUGAUUGGCGAGCAGUUUGUCGAGGGCGAUGUCAUCCUGGCCAAACCAUUGAGAGCCUGCAGUGAGAAGCUCAACCAGGAGGACGAUGCCGAUGAUGCGAAGGGAAAGGUUCUGGUGGCCGAGCGAGGCGAUUGCACGUUUGUCAGCAAGGCACGACUGGCGCAAAAGGCUGGCGCUGUGGCUUUAAUUGUCUGUGAUAAUGUACCAGGUUCUUCCGGCGAGACGCAACCCAUGUUUGCCAUGUCCGGCGAUGGUAACGACGAUGUACUCAUACCCGUGGUCUUUAUGUACAACUUGGAGUUCAGUAAACUGGCGGCGGUGAUGAAGCGCGAGCACCCGCUCCGAGUGCGCAUCAUGCAAAUGGUGGAGUUCAAGCGGUGGCAACUAGCCAAAGAGGGUCGGAACGAUACGACGGCGUCGACCCAAAAGCCGGACAGGGAAUUGUAGUGACUGUAGUCCACCCACCCCACCGUAAACGCUUCUGCUCGUGCGGCUCAUGAAGUGGUUUUCGUUAAACAUUUUUGAAAGAGUAUCAAUAGAAAUUUCAACAUUCGUGAAUUGUACAUUUUAGCCGCUCAGUCGCAACUACAUUAUAAAAUUCUUGUACUUUACUAGACACGUAAGGACCCCGUAAAAGGAACCACUUGAGCUAGCCGUGACUUUUAGGACUAUCCUCAUUGGGGAUUUUUGCAUUUGCAUUUGUGAUUCGGUUCGGCGCAACUCUCUCAGGCUGGCAAUUGGCUUUCUAGUAGCUGCAAAUAUUGCCGGACCGAUCUAACAAUUUCAGAUAUACCUGUAUAUGGUAUGUAAAAGUGUAGUUCCGCAGCUUCCCCUCCCAUUUUUAUACGAGUUUUACUUUCCGUGUAAGUAAAUCUUUUGUACAUACAACAUUAGAUCUUAGGAACCAAUAAAGUUAUAGUUAUGUAAGAAUAACUAGAUUAUUAAGUAAUAAGUCGAGAAUGAGAAGCCAAUCUGUAGUAGAAAUUGUUUAGUUCAAACACCAAAAUAGUUUAAAAUAUAUGAGAACUUGAUAAAACCAA